GACUGCAAGAAGUCAGAAGCAUUAUAUCUGGCGGCAGUAACAGGAAAUCUUCUCAUCAUCAUUGCCAUCAUCAUGGAUUACCACCUUCACAGCCCCAUGUACUUCUUCCUAUUGAACUUGGCCAUUCUGGACCUUGGUGCAGUUUCAGCCAUAGUCCCCAAAUCAAUGGUUGUGUCCCUUAUGAAUGACAGGUCCAUUUCGUAUUUUGGAUGUGUUGCACAAGUUUUCUUUUAUUUCUAUUUUGCAACACUGGAUUUUAUUAUCCUAACUAUAAUGGCACAUGAUCGCCAUAUUGCAAUCUGCAAUCCACUCGAAUAUGAGAGAAUUAUGCAGAAAGGAACCUGCCUUAAGAUGAUUGCUGCUGGAUGGAUAUUUAGUAUUUUUUACACCAUGUUGCAUACGGGUGGCACCUUUGCAAACACCUUCUGUUCUAACAGUAUCAAUCAGUUCUUCUGUGAAAUCCCACACUUACUAAAGGUAUCUUGCUCCAAUAUUUAUUUAGCGGAAGUUGGACUUCUUGCACUAAGCUCUAGUGUAGUACUAGGAUGUUUUGUUUUCAUUGUCAUAACUUACUUGAAGAUCUUUACUACAGUGCUGAGAAUCCCAUCUGUUCAGGGGCAGAAAAAAGCUCUCUCCACUUGUAUUCCUCACCUUACUGUUGUCUCUCUGUAUGUGUUGACUGGAAUCUUUGCCUAUGUAAUACCACCACGUGAUUUUUCUUCUUUUCUGGAUGUGGCCUUUGCUGUGAUGUAUUCCAUAAUUCCUCCCACACUCAAUCCAUUCAUCUACAGCAUGAGAAACAAUGAGAUCAAAGCUGCCUUGUGGAAACUCUUUAAAUUGGUGUUUUCCUCUAAAGUUGUUUUCUGA